CCGCGGGAGGGCGCCAUGGCGGCCCAGGCGCUGGCGCUGCUGCGGGAGCUGUCGCGGCUGGAGGCGCCGCUGGAGGAGCUGCGCGCGCUGCACUCGGUGCUGCAGACCGUGCCGCUGGGCGAGCUGCGGGCGCCGGCGGCGGAGCUGCGCCUCGGCCCGCUCUUCUCCCUGCUCCACGAGGACCAUCGGGAACAGACCACUUUGUGUGUAUCCAUUCUGGAGAGAUUGCUCCAAGCUAUGGAGCCGGUUCACAUAGCCCGGAACCUCGGAGCUGACCUUCAGAAGGGACUGACUCACCCCGAUGAUUCCGUAAAAAUUCUGACUCUAUCCCAGGUCGGAAGAAUUGUUGAGAAUUCUGAUGCUGUUACUGAGAUUCUAAAUAAUGGCGAAUUACUAAAACAGAUCGUUUAUUGUAUUGGUGGAGACAAUCUGUCUGUAGCUAAAGCGGCCAUUAAAUCCCUGUCAAAAAUAUCACUAACCCAAGCUGGACUGGAGGCUUUAUUUGAAAGCAAUCUGCUGGAUGAUCUGAGGGUAAUGAAAACAAACGACACCGUUCGAUACAGAGUAUAGGAGUUAAUUGUAGAGAUUUCUUCUGUGUCACCAGAAUCUUUAACCUACUGUACCACCAGUGGGUUGGUAACCCAGCUCCUCAGAGAGUUGACUGGGGAGGAUGUGCUGGUCAGAGCCACCUGUAUAGAAAUGGUGACAUCACUGGCAUAUACUCAUCAUGGACGACAGUACCUUGCUCAAGAAGGAGUAAUUGAUCAGAUUUCUAAUAUAAUUGUUGGGGCAGAUUCAGACCCUUUUUCCAGCUUCUAUUUGCCAGGACUUGUGAAGUUUUUUGGAAACCUGGCUAUCAUGGAUAGUCCUCAACAGAUUUGUGAGCGUUAUCCUGUCUUUGUGGAAAAAGUCUUUGAAAUGACAGAAAGUCAGGACCCCACCAUGAUUGGUGUAGCAGUAGACACAGUUGGAAUCCUGGGAUCCAACGUUGAAGGAAAACAAGUUUUACAAAAAACAGGAACUCGCUUUGAACGCUUGCUCAUGAAAAUAGGCUAUCAAGCAAAGAAUGCCUCAACAGAGCUCAAAAUUAGGUGUUUGGAUGCAAUUUCCUCUAUUUUUUAUAUACCGCCUGAGCAGCAGACUGAGGACCUCCUGCGGAUGACGGAAUCCUGGUUUUCUGCUUUAUCUCGGGAUCCUCUGGAGCUCUUCCGUGGUAUCAGUAACCAACCCUUCCCUGAACUGCACUGCGCUGCCUUAAAAGUGUUCACGGCCAUCGCAAAUCAACCGUGGGCUCAGAAACUUAUGUUUAAUAGUCCGGGGUUUGUGGAAUAUGUGAUGGAUCGGUCUGUGGAGCAUGACAAGGCUUCAAAGGAUGCCAAGUAUGAACUGGUGAAAGCACUUGCCAAUUCAAAGACAGUUGCAGAAAUCUUUGGGAAUCCAAAUUAUUUGAGGCUCAGAACUUACCUGAGUGAGGGUCCAUACUAUGUGAAACCUAUUUCCACAACAGCCGUGGAAGGAGCUGAAUGAUUUCUUCUAGAGUCUAGACCAUUUUUGACCAAAACACCUCCCAAGGUCUUUGACUUCAUCUGUAAGCUACACAACAGAGGCUUCUCUUCCCCCAGAAUUAUCAUGGAGUGUCUAAUGUAAUUACAUUAUCUACAUUUGUGGUGUUUCUACAUUGAAAUACAGCGUGGAACCAGGAAAGCAGGCACCUUGGUCAUAAUUGCACCAGGUGUUUUUCAGAUUCCCUUGACUGCCUUAAUCUUUCCAAGAAGAUGGAGGUUUUGUUCGCUUAGGAAAUGUUCAUGGACUUACUGUCUUAUUUAAAAUUCUGCUUCAAAUAGAAUGGAACCAAGUUGCUCGGAAUUCUCUUUACCACCUAUUUUUUUCUUUUGGGUCCUUCUGCCUUUCUGAUUCCACUCUCAAAGUCUUGGAUAUAAAUAUUCUUUCAAACAAUGUGGAACCUUGAAAUUAUGUUCUCCACACUAAGAAUAAAUACUUUUAAUAAGGUGUCUUUGGAUUUUUUUUGUUA